UGGUGCGCGGUGUCGCGAAUGUGUGGCACUUGCGCCAGUUCUAUGGAUCGACCCACCGCUGUUGAGGACAUUUCUUCGCCUAAUGGGUUUCCACACAAAUCCUUCUAUGAGGAAGCAGAAUAUACGCUGUCUGGCACCUCCAAACGACUAUUUUUCACCGCUGGAGAGUGCUAUCUUUGUUCUCUUAGUUCCCAUUAACUGCGCGCAUAGACAAGACUCGUCCGCUCCCAUUCAAGUUCGAGCACCCGCACGGCUAAACCCUCUAACCCACAGAGGUCAAAGCAAUCUAUGCCAACGGUGGCAAGAUUAAUCGACUUGAAACGGGACGAAUUCAUAAACUCGAAACCACAUCAGGGUUUGAGGCUCAUCAUGCGCGCGCGCUCAUUCAUUCUCUUCCUCUACUCGCCCGACCCUGGGCAUCGAUCAUGGCUGCCAGCCGCUCUCCAGUUAUGUUUUGGGGUCUCUAAGUUCUGUAGCUUUUGUUUUGUUUGCUUCCGCGCGCGUCUAUCUCGAAGCUACAGAACGACUUUUAUUUUUAAUGUUUUUGUCUUUGUCAUUUCGUUUCGGUUAGAUUGGUCUGUUCUGUUCUGUUCUGUUCUGUACUGUUCUGUUCCGAAGUUUGUCACCUAUCUCUCCGAUGAUGGCUGCUCAGGAGGCAGACUGAGAAUUUUUUCUGUUACUUCUUCUAUUGGCGGUUGGGCUCCUGAGUUUUUUAAGGUUGUGUGGCAGUUUGCUAUAUUUUAGGUGUAAGCGAAGAAGGGUCUGGAGGAGCCAAGAGCGCUUAGAGCGUACUUCCACCAAAUUGAGUUGGACUAGUGUAACUGUAAAUCCUCCUUCUGUAAGAUCUGCUUCAUGCUGCCAUUGCUCACCUCUCGCUGUCCCGCUUUCCUGUCGAGAAACCCCACG